AUGGUCCUUUACCGUUGCCCGCUCCUCCUGACUGCGCUGCUAGCAGCGCUGCUGGCGACGCAGCCUGCUGAAGCGCAGAUACUGGGCGGCGGCCAUUGCCGAAUGACCGUUAUUCGUGUCCAGGUGGGCGGUACGGUGUGCGAGCGCCUCUGCUACCGCCGCGACUACCGCGGUCCGCCGCUCAUCUGCCGUCGCGCCCAGAUCUCCGGAACGCUGCCCGUCUGCGGAAACGGUUGCUGUCGCAGCGGUCCCAACUGCCUGCAGCUGCUCUACACCUAA